CUCACACGCAUUUCUUCAAAAAUUAUCCCAUGUAAGGGAAACGAAUUUUUCAAAAGAAGGGGAUUCUUCUCUCGCCUCCGAACGUCUAGGAUUUGGAAUUAUUUCACCUUUGCGAACAGAGGUAGAAAUGGAAACAAUGAGUCUGUCCGUAAUACUGCCGAUUCGAAAUGGAGAGCCUUGGAUUGAUACCUGCCUCGAGUCUAUAGAAAAACAGACCGCCCUGAAGACUAUGAAACUCGAGAUUUCAGUCUGCGAUGAUUCGAGUAACGAUAAAACCUUGAAAAUAUUAAACUCCUGGCGAGGAAAACUCAAGUCGUUAUCUAUCUCUCUGAGGAUCCACAGAAAUGAAGGACCCGAUCCAAGAGGGGUCGGCUACGCAAAAAAUCGAGCCGUCGAAAAUUCUACUGGGGAAUUCUUGUGCUUUCAGGAUGUGGAUGACAUUAUGCUGCCCUGCCGAAUACAAGCGCAGUACGAAGUUGCGAAAGAUGAAAAAAAUGCGAUAGUAGGAGGAAAGUUCAAAAGAUCGCCUGAGAACGCUACUCCGAGAUUCACAAACUGGGCGAACGCAAUUUCUGGCGACAAACUCGAGGAACAAAUUUACACCUCUCACGGGCCGACGAUCAUCAUGCCGACCUGGUUUUGUCACAAAUCCGUCUUUCAGAAAGUCGGUGGUUUUUCGGAAGCUGGUAACGGUUGCCCGGAGGACUUGGUAUUUUUUUAUUCGCACCUGGACCUCGGCGGACGAAUUCUGAAAGUUGAUUUCCCCGUUUUGAUCUACGCUUACCAUCCUCGAGCGACGACGUUCUCCAUUUCUGAGAAUACCAUUUGGGAUUUGAGAAUCGCACGUCUGCAAGAUCGAGUUCUUCCGCUGUGGAGUAAACUGACGAUAUGGAACGCCGGGAAACAGGGGAGAAAGCUCUUCAGAAGUCUCAGCCAAGAGAAUAAAAACAAAGUCGUCGCUUUUUGCGACGUAGAUCGACGAAAAAUCGGACAGAAUUACGUGUCGUACGAGCCGACGUUGAAAAAAACCGAGCGACCCAUCCCCAUUAUUCAUUUCACGGAAGCUUGUCCCCCGUUCAUAAUUUGCGUUAAACUGGAUAUGACGAACGGAGAGUUCGAAGGGAAUUUACAAUCAUUGGCUCUGACGGAAGGCAGGGAUUUCGUCCACUUUCAUUGACGGUUUUCGCGGUUCCUGAAAAAUCCGGGACACGCUCAGCGGAGAUGGACGACCCGAUGCGUUUCCGGAUAUGCAACCGAUGGACGAUGAAAUAUUUUUAGAAAUUUAUCAAAUCGAUGAAACCAGCUCCAAGAACUGGAAGUUUAUCGACGACGUUGCACGUAAGAAUCAAUCUUAUCCGUUCAUAAUCUAGUCCCAAAUCAGAGUAAAAAAUUUGCCACAACGAUGAAAUUUGUAAGCAGGUAACCUGUGAUAAUGUUCAGUAAAAAAAAAAAAAAGUCCUGCAAGUGUGCACACGAGGCAUCUCAAGAACGUAAAUGUAUUUACAGUUUUAUAAAGUGAACGAAAUAUUAACGUUCUGUGAAUCUC